CCCAUACAUGCGUAGGUUUUCUUCAGUGACUCCAGCUUCCUCCCACCGUCCAAAAACAUGCGUCAUGGGUUAUUUGGUUACUUCAAAUUACUAGUCAUUUAAUGCUUUAACAUAAAAAACAGAACUUUAAUUCAAAACAAGUUGAACAUAUUUCAACAAUACAAACAUUAGUCUAAAGAAUAACUUUGUUUUCCUCCUCCAUCAUCUCCAAAUGUUCAGGAACUUGUCCUGCUCCUCCCUUUGCCACCUCAUCAGGCCUCAGAGAGAACUCAAAAGAAAAGAAUGACUCAAAACAAUCAGAACAAAAUUAACUAAAUGUGUGAACAAGUCAUCAAGUUAAUUGAUUUGAUAGUAGAACACAAGCACUCAACUGAGCACAGGUGCCGUCACCUAUGCUCUGACAGUAUGUUGUGUGCUCUACCCACGAGCAAGCAAAAUCACGUAGACGUUUCUGCCUGUUGAUGUUGAUCCCAGUUCUGUUUUUGAACAUUGAGUCAAAUCUGGUCUUUGUUGGUGUGUUUCCUCAGUUUGGAUUUCGGAUACAAUCUCACGUGCCUGUGCAUGACUGAGUUUUUCACGGAAUCUCUGGUGCUCCUAAUUCUCCACGCUGAUGUCUUCAGUGUGCAUCUCUACACAAGAAGCUGUUUCCUGCAGGUGGAGUACUCCCGCCUGAAGAUUGUUUGUAGAACCUGACAAACAUUUUCUUGUGUUUCCAUUACAGACUCCCCUGUGCAUCUGGAGGUAUCAUCGUCACAUUAACACCUGAGCUUCAAUAAACUGCAUUUUUCUUACCCUCAGUGUGCUCCUCCUUGGAUUGUCCAAUACUUCCUUCUGACAUUAAUGAUAAAUCUCCAGCAACUUGUUGCGGUGUGAUUUUAACUCCUCCUACUUCUUAAUCAUCCUCAAACUUUUUAACCCCUUUUCUCCCCUCUCUUUUGUACCUUAAUUCCCCAUCUCUAACAUCCCGCUCUCUCAUUCUUUUUCCACUCUCUUUUUUUCCCCGUCUGGUCCGGCAAGAGAUGAACAGUAUGCAAACAUAAUUAAUAUAACGUUUAGCCUCAAAUGCAAAAGGGUUUUAUACAAAUAUACACUUUGUGCAGUUGUAGACCGUCAGGAUAGUCAGUUAGGCCUAAAAACUAUCUGAAUCAUGUGUUAAUUAUAUUGUAUCUAUGCAUGCUCAUUAAAUCAUUCCAAAUCCUUCAGCUUACAUUUGUUUGCUCAGCUGUCGGAUAAGAAAAGUUAAAAAAAAAAAAGUAAACGCAGAACUUCUGUUCUGUUUUAGUCACCCCACUUAGAUUAACCUCAACACAGCUUCCUAUAUAUCCUAUCUAUAUCACUGUCACAUGACAUUGACUUCCCACCACAUCAAUGAUUAUCUGUGGCAGGAAAAGUUGUUCAGUAUACAAGUUAGUCUGUUACACACUUCACACGUUCUUAGACUUUACAUCCUUAUAAUGGAAGCCGUUAAUCAAAAUUUUGAACCUAAAGAUCCUGUCUGCCACGUUUCCGUAUCAAAUCCACCAGCUUCCAUCAAGUCCAACAGGAGAUGCUAUCUCUGUGUUAUUACUUUCAUGGUGAUGCUGAGUGUUCUUCUUCUGGCUGGACUCGUCAUUCUUGGCCUCCUCUAUGGUGACUCAGUAAGAAAUUUGUCAGAAAUCUCUGACAGCAAAGACAAUUUGACUGAACAUCUGAAUGCUGUUAUUGAGAGGAUGAAUUCCAGCCUCAUUGAAACGACCAAGAAGCUGAUGGACUUUAAACAGAAAAAAACAGGAUGUUCUGCUGAAUGGAUCGGAUUUGGUUCCUCUUGUUACUUCUUCUCUGUGGAGUCUAAGUCCUGGGAUGAAGCAAGAGAGUCCUGCAGAGCCAGAGAAGCUGAUCUGGUGGUGAUAAACACCAAUGACGAAAAGACUUUUAUUUUUGCAUCCAGCCAUAAACCAGUUUGGAUUGGACUGACUGACAAAGUCCAGGAGGGGACCUGGAAAUGGGUAGAUGGAAGUCCUCUGACUCUGCAGUUCUGGGGAGACGAUCAGCCUGAUAAUGGUGGUGGAAUACAAGCUUACGGAGAAGAAGACUGUGUUCAAAUUAGAUAUACUCCUGGAUCCUGGAAUGAUAUUGCAUGCAAAAAUUCUCAGAAGUGGAUCUGUGAAAAAGAAGCUACUUUAUAUGUUUGAAGACUACUUUAAAUUAAGAUGCAUUUUGAUUGUUAUUUUUUUUUUUCACCUUUCAGAAACAUAUACAGUCAGGACCAUAAAUAUUUGAAAAG